AUGGACUUUUGGGUUUACUGGGUUGCUGGUCAGUGGCUGUGGCCACUUUGCACCCGUAUUGCGCUUCAGGGCCGCGAACCCUUCGAUUUCAAGAAGGCCAUCGUCUGCGCCCUCUACAAAAAGGGCCCGGCAUCAGUGCCAGCCAAUUACCGCUCAAUUGCCCUCCUUAACGGCAUUGCUAAGCUGUGGCAUUCACACCUCCGCACCACGGUUGGCGGACAUGUGCUGUCUCGUUAUGAGCCCAUGCAGCUAGGAGGGCGCCGUGGCGUCCACACUGGUUUCGCAUUGGCCGCUUUCCGAUGCGCCUGGGACCUCUCUGUCUCUGCGGGGCGGUGCGUUGCUGUUGUCUUUGUCGACAUCCAAGCCGCUUACUACGAGGCUAGCAGAGAUCUGCUGUUCGAUGGCUUCCCUGACGAGGUUGACGUCCCGGAGCACCAUCACCUUGCUGGACUUGUCCUCCAGCUUCACCGUCAGGGGGCCCUUUCCGCUCCGGGAGUUGCUGAGGAUGUCAGCGCGCUCCUUCGGGAUUGUGUUGCCCUGUCCCACUGGUCGCUCUCCGGUUCGGACAACAUCUUCCUGGCCUCUAGAGGUUCCCGUCCCGGCGACGGCCUCGCCGACGUCCUGUUUGGUGCCCUAUUUGCUAUCGGGCUGCAACACAUCCAGCGCACUGCUUGUUCCAUGGGCAUCUCACACACCAGUGCCGGGGACGAGACCGGCCUCGAGCCAGGUGUCAAGCCGAUUGGCUGGGCUGACGACCUAGCCGUCCUUGCGGACUUUGAUAGUCCUGCCGAGCUCCAAACACAGCUUCCCCAACUCACCGGUGUCAUUCUUGACACUCUCCGUUGCUUGCGGUUCCGGGUCAACCUUGGGGCAGGCAAGACCGAGGCCCUUGUUGAUAUUAGGGGAGAAGGCGCACGAGCAGCGCGCGGCGCCUUGCUCAGCGGUGACGCCCUUUUGGAAGUUUCCGAAAAGGACAGCAUUCGACUCUGCCCUGAGUACAAAUACUUGGGUGUCGCCCAGCUGCCUCGAGACACCGGCAGACGUGACUGCGAGCUGUCGGCACAGCGAGGGUCAGCGGCGGCGUCUCUAGCUCGAACCCUGCUUUGCAGCAAUUGUCUGCCUUGGGAGCUGAAACGAGCCUGGAUUACUGGACGUGUACUCCCCUCCGCAUCCUCCUCCCUGGCCUUCUCGCGCGCUGACUCUGCCCGGGCCGCUGCACCAUUGGCUGGACUCUUUGAACGCACAGCUCGGAUUCUGCUGUCAUCCUGGCAAGUUGGCCAUAAGCUCACCACCCCUUUGCUUCGGCUUCUUGCUGAUAUCACCCCUCCCGACCUUGCGACCACUGUUAGCCAGUGCCGCCUCUGUGUGCAGCUAUUCUGCAGGGCACCUGCAGCUGUCAGGGACAUUGUUGAUGCUGCGUGGAACCGAGCACUCCCUUGGUGUCAGGCCCUCGUCCUUGCUUGUUUGCGCGUUGGAGCCGCCUUAGACUCCUGGGACCCUGCCGCUCCCCCUUCCAUCACUGUCCUGUUCGUUCAGCAGAACGGACGCGCUCUCCUACGAGCGUGCAAGGCUCUGAGCAAAUUUGGGCACCGAUAUGCUGCCUGCGCACAGCUUUGGGCGGAUCUAGCCACCCGCCGCACCACGAAGAUCCUUGGUGCGCCACAAUCCCACAGCUGCCCGGUCUGUCAAGGCGUUUUCCCGAGCCUACAUGCGGUACGAGCUCACAUGCAUCGGAAACACGGUGUCCUUUCUGAUGUGACUGCUUACAUGGCUGGCUCGGUUUGUCUUUGGUGCAUGCGAGACUUCCAAUCCUCGGAUCGCCUAAAGCACCACCUUCAAACACAGCGCUCCUGCCUGCAUGGCCUGCGCGUUACUGUCGGACCUGUCUACCAGUACGGUUCGGGCACAAAACGCUCAGGUCGCGCCAGCCAUCGUGGAGUCCCUCCGCAGCGCAUCUGCGGGCCUUGCAACGCCACCCCGGUGCAGAGGCGGGCGGCCGACCUUGGGGUGCCGGCCGAUGACGCUGCUCUGCAAGCAGAGUGGGACGCUGUUCAACGCUCCCCUGCACUCUCGGACCUUGUACCCGGCAACCUGCAUCGACCAUCUACCUUGCCGCCUAUCGACGACGACUCUGGCGCACGGCAGGCCUGCCACAUCUCCGCUGCACGGGGUUCUUCCCCCACGCCCUCUGUCUCCCAGCAUUCCCGCUCGUCCACCGCUGAUGUGGCCUCUCCUGUGCAACACCCUUUGCAAUGGUUCUCUAUUGUGGAAGGGGCUGCUGGCUGUGACGACUGGGCUCUUCCCUCGCCCUGGUGGCCUGGGCUUCUUGGCCUUGGAGGGGUCUUUCAACUUCCCUCCUCCUGGCACCGGCUCUGGCCUAUGUGGUCUGCGCUCGAGUUCUUCGAACCUUGGGAGAACCGGGCCAUCCGUCGCUUUGGUGCUCUGCGCUCCGCCUCUUCGUGCGGUUUGGGCGCAGCAGCCACACUUGCUGAUGCCACUGCUGGCAGGUGGUCUCUGUUGGAGUUGGCCGCUGCCACGGUGUCCUUCCGUAUGAUCUGCAAGACUGUCCUCCGCCGCGGUGCUCUCUGGCUUUGGGGGCGCCCCAGCAAUCAAGGUCUUGCCCUGCUGCGCCGCCUGCUCCCGGCGGCCUUCUUCUUGGACUUUCUUUCGCCGAGGGGACGGGUCUUUCUUGUCGCAAGCUCUGCCUCCCUGGCCUCCCUUGUGCGUGCUGUCAUUGCUCGUCCUGCCUGCUCGGCCCCGGUCUCGCUUCCGUUGCGAGCUUUCUGGGCCUACCCGGCUGCAUGA